AUGAACCACACAGAGAUUUUCAAAUCCAAAAAUAUUUAUUUUUGUCUAAUACUCAUUACCACAUUCAUUGGGUAUAUAUUUUGUAGUGGAUAUUAUAACGAUGAUGUAAUUUCUUUUGAUAAAGCCAGACUUAUUUUCUCCAGAGAUGCAAUGAACUUUGGUGCGUACAAUAACCCUGAAAUCUGGAAAUUGGCAGAUCGGGAAAUUAAUAGCUUAAAGCAAGAAAGCAAACUACCAAUUAUAUAUCAGAACUCUGGUGGUAGGAAUCUAUUUGUUUCUGUAGAAAUUUUACAAGCUUGCGAAAGACUUUUGAACAGGAUAGAAUUAGAUCCUUUAACCCCACAGAUCAUAGAUAAUGAUUUAAGCAUAUUUAAUAGUGGUACUAAGAUAUCAUUCCAAGAUCUUGGUGCUAGAGUUGCAAGAGAGAUACAAUAUUGUUUUUUACAAUAUGGCUCUGAUGUUUUGGAAAUACCAGCAUUAGAAAAUUAUGUCGAGAAAUUAAAGAUCUGGGGUAUCAAUCAAAUCUUUAAAGAUGAGGCUGCCAAGAAGUCUCUAGAAGACGUAAAACAAAAGGUUAGAACCGAGGGAAAGAAAUCGAGUGAUAAAUUUACUCAACUAAAUUUAGUAACCUCUGACUCCGGCGAAAAGGAGAAAUAUCUAAUUGCCAGGCGUUCAAAACCUGAAAAACGAAAACUUGUGACUAUUGAUAGAAAAAAAAUAACAAAAAAAAAUGAAAACCCCCGUGAAGUAGAGCUUGAACACAAGGAACAAAAGAGAAUCAUAGCUAGGCCUAAAAAAGAUAUACGGCAGAUUACUCAUGGAGAAACCAAAGCCAAUUAUGGUUUCUUGGGUAAUCAAGCAUUGGCUUCAACAAAAAAAGCUGGUGUAGAUUUGAUUAAAUUAAUAAAUCAAGACGAAAUAUCUGAAAAAUUAAGAAUAUUAGGUCCAGAAGCACGCUUAAUUCUUGCAUGGCAAUCAGUUGUUGAAGCGCAAAAUGAAUUUAAUGAGGAAUCAGAUUACCUUGUUAAGAAUUUACCUAAAGUGGUAGAUAGCUCAGUUUUAUAUCAAUCUUGUCCAAAUUUUUCUCUUCUUAACUUUAAGAAUGAAUGCGUAGAGUUCAUAAUGUUCAGAAAUUCCCAAAUAACCAAAGGGUUUCUAGAUGGUGAACCAACUUUGUUUUUUCUUAAGGACGGAGAUAUAUUAAUUACAAGUAAUCAUUUAGUUAGAACUGCAGCGCAAGAACUUUGUUCAAUUGCUCAUGAAUCUUACCUUCCUGAAAUGAUCAAAAAUUCUGAAAGUUACUUGGAAAGAAUACACACAAUUCAAGUUCAAGGUCAAUUAGAAACCCAAGAUCAAGAAACAGAGACAUCCAUUAAGAAUCCCCCAAGUAAAUCUCAAAAUCCAAAAUCCAGAUUAUUUAACUUGUACAAAAAGAUUAUCACAAAAAGAGGGGCAGUACCUUACUUAAAUGAGAAGGAUUUGAUUUGGGAUUCGCUAUUAGCGUGUAAUUCUGGUGAAUGUAUUAAUGAAAUUAUUUACAGGGACUUAAGUUAUUGGUUGAUUCCUCCAGAAUAUAUACAAUACAUUAUAUUUCGGAUAGCCUCCGAAAGCUAUGCAGAUUCAUUAACCAUUUUAGAUUUCACUGUCCCAACUAAUAGUAAGAUUGGAAAUGUAAUUGAUCCUAGCGGAGGAAAGGUAGUUAAGAUAUGUGAAACGUAUGUUCAAUCUCUAGCUUCUUCUGGAAAAGCUGAUUUAGUUGUUGGAGGAACGCACUCAGACUUUGAUCAUUUGCUACAAGAAUUAUGUAGAGAUGUGGAAUUGGAGGUUAGCAAAAAUGAGAGUAUUUUGUCAAAUAAGAAACUUUUGAUUGGAACUUUAUAUGAGUUAGAAUUGGCUUUUUGUGGCAUUAUGGGUGUUUCUCCAAAAGGCCGUUCAACAGAAGCAUACAAUUCUAAAUCAGAAUUAGAACUAUUGUCCUCUGGCCCAGUUGAUUUUGCAAAAGAUGUCUGGGCUAUUGAAGAAUGUGGGAUUGUUUCACAAUCACAACUUAACUAUUUGCUUUGUUUUGGAUCAUUUUCUCAAGGCUUUAUUUCACACAUAUUUCCUAACUCAAUAGAAUCUGUAAUUCCAAUAACUUUAUUAUGUAGAACAUUGUUGAAUAUGGAAAAAGAUGCGAAAAAUCCAUACGAUCCUCAUGAUUUUGGGACUUAUCUUUCAAAUGCGUUAUUUGAGGAAAAUUUACAUGAAUUAUUUCCUUUUUCAAAAGAAAAUACAAAGAAAGCAAAAAAAACCACCUUGAGCUUUUUUAUUGAGCUUACUAACCAGUUUAUAAUGAAUCUAGAAAAAAAUAUGUAUAUUAAUCCUAAAAAUACUAUUGAUUCAAUUGAAUCCAUAUAUUCAAUAAGAAUAUGUUCUGCACCUCUAUUUGCUUUCUUACCUUUUGAUAUAAAUAUUUUCCCCAUUAACGAGAAAUUGGUUAACACAUUGGUGCAAUAUGGGUGCAGAGCAAAUAUUAAUGCAAUUCUCAGCCCAGGAAAUUUACAGCCAUGUAUUGGACUCCAACAAAAUAUUAUUAACUAUUUGCACGUAUUGGCAGCAGUUAUUGAGUUAUUUACAAAUCAUUUUAUUGAUCCAAAAAAGCUUGGGACGAAUGAUAUCGAUAUUCCAGUAAAUUCUUUGUGUUUAUGGUGGAAACAUCCAGUUAAUCACCCACUGAAUACUGUUCUUGUAAAUAAAUUACCGUUCAUGAAAAAUUCAGAGGUUUCAGAAUAUGUUCUUAGGUAUUCAUUAAUGAUGGAAAGCAUGAACUUUCCUGGACCAGUAAAAGCAGAAAAAAGAAUUGAAUACAUUUAUUCGAACCCACAAAUUUACUCGAACAGGGCAAAAGAUCUUCCCAAGAAUAUUAUUUACCCAGAUUUUAAUCCACCAAACAAUGUGUUUGAUGCAUUAGAAUACUACUUGAGAAUGGACGUUAUAAUUGGUUACAGACAACUUCAACGUGAGCUAGAUGACAAACCAAUAGAACAAAUAACAUAUGAAUUUGUCUCCAAAAAAUGCCCAACUCUAGAAAGCUGGCAAAUAUAUCUUGCAAUAGCUUUCCAAAAUUCUGUGAAAACUGUUAUGAAGAUGAUUCUUCCAAAAUUAAAUGAGCCAAAUCAGUUCAAAAUAGAAAUUGAUAUACUUUGUAGAUGGAUACUUCAAAAUUUUCCAAAAGAUUUUAAUACAGAUAAAUUUGUUGACGUCAUUGAUGCUGGAGAAUCUCUUGAAACAGAAGCUAAGCAAAGCAUUCCUUGGUUACAACCAUCAGUUGGAGCAUAUUUACUAUCAACUUUCAACGUUUGGAGUCAAACAGAAUAUGUUUUAAAGAUAGGUGGAAUAAGCAAAGCUAAAAAGUUAGAUAGGAAUAAAAUUAAAUUGGAUGAAUUCAAAUUUUUGUUUGAAAAAAAAGCCAUCCCAGUAAUCAAUUCUAAUCAAGAACCCAAAAUUCUUAGCUUAGAUAGCUUAAGCCCCAUAACAAGGUUGAAACUAAACCCUUUCGUUGAUGAAACUCUUUCAUUACCAAACCCAACGCUUGAAUCAGAGUGUGAUAACUUAUGGGUUGCAAACUUAAUGAAUGCAUUUAGAAUAUAUUUUAUGGAAUUCCAAAGAAAAUUCAUUGAUCCGAUUUUCCACGGAUUUUUUGAUCCAAUAAUAAUGUGUGAAAUUGUCAAGGAGAUUGUAAAAAAAAAAGUUUUCCAAUUUGGAUUUGGCGAUGUUUUUUACAGGGUAUUUAAAGAUAAAAAGUGGAUAAAGAAUAAACAAUUAGUGAGGGUUCUAGUAAAAAAUGCAGGAGACUGGAUUUUGCAAACAUUUGAACUACCAAGCUAUCCGACAUAUGAUAUUAUACAAUGUAAUAAAAAUUUGAUUGAAUGCCACAAACUAAGUUAUUCCAUGGAAAAUAGGCCAAUCAGUUCAUCUUUGAGAUUAAAAAUCGAUGAAAUUGAAGAAGAGCUAUUACCAAGAUUGGAAAUAACCACUUUUCCAUCACUUUCACUAAAGUCUAUUAUUCCUUUCUUAAGAAGCACAGACCCAAUUACUUACUAUGGGAAUGUGGAGAAUUGUGCAAAACUUUUGGAGUUUGAAGUUAGAAUGUUGGUUUCUCUAAGUUCUUAUUUAGAAACGAUUUCAAAGAGCAUUUUUAACUCGGAAGUUCCCCAAGAAUCUACUAAAAAAGGGCUUUUGGAAGAAUUAAAAUUCGAAUUCCCUCUAGAUGCAAUGUGUAAUUGGUGGACAAGCACAAAAGUAACCAAGGCAAGCCCAAAUUACUCAGAUAGCGGUGUCUCUUGGGCAUCACUAUUGUCUAAGCACAUAAUUCAUUUCCAUUUUGAGAAAUUUAAAUCCAAUCCUGAGAUGGUUAUGGAGUGGAAACCAUGGUUCACUGCUCCAGUUGCAGAAGCAUUACUUUUUGGGUUUUUCAAUUCUAUUAAUAAUAAUACAAAAAAUAGGUACAAAAUAAUUAAUAUGAAUGAUAUUCAGGGAGGUUUUAUAAAUCAAAGUCAAAUUAGAAGGUUGGAAGUGCUCGAAACUAUUUUUAACACAAAUGAUAAUUACAAAUUUGCUAGUUCAUUUCACAGGUCAAUCAAUGAUUUGAACAGUAUGCCACUUUCCUACUUUAGUUACCUUCAUUUACCCUCUGAACAUUAUGAGAAAAUAAUGAAUUUUGUACGAGAAGAAUAUAAAAGGCCAAUUGGCCAUUCUGAUAUUAUGAUUGGUAGGGUUUCUCAUCAAAUAGAAAUAAAUAUGUGUACAUUUAUUGCAUAUUCAAUUAGCAAACAUUCUGAACUUGCUAAAGGAAAUAAUUGGAAAAUAACUGCAAAUAAUGUUUUAGAAGCUUUCAAUCAAUACAAAAGCUCAGAUCUUAGCCUUAAAUCGUGGUUGAAAAAUCUCCAACUUUCGAUUCCUAAUGUAAAUUUAAGUAUUCAAUCAGUAUUCAUUUUAUUUACUAAAUAUUUGAAGGAAGAAGCCAAGUUGAUCAGAACAAACCUCUCUGAAAAUAAUUUUAGAAGUGAAUAUUGGGGUCAAGUUGACAGCUUUUACUCUUUACCGCUGCAUGCAAAUAUGAAAUUUAAUCCAAGUCCACCCUUUGGUUACUUCCCAAUUUUUCAAAUAGAUCAAAACUUGGAUUUCAAAACUGUAAAAAUCCCAAACUUAGGUCAAAAUAAGCCAGUUCCACUUAUGAAAUUUAGUAGAUUCAGAGGUAGAUAUUGGAGAUCUAAAAUGCAUAUAAACGGAAAACAAUCUUUUUUAGAUGAUGUUCCAGAAACUAUUCCUUCUAUUUGGCCAUCAAUAGGUAAAGUUGCAGAAUUCAAGAAGGAUACUGACGAACAAUACGAAAAUCCAAAAUUAGAUUAUAUUGCAAUUAUUUCAGAACUAGAAGUUAAAUCCAAAUUCAACUGUGAUGGGCUCUUCGUAUGGCAAGUUAAUAGGGCAGCAUAUUGGGCAGGAAUGUUACAGAGGUACAUUAUUAAGGGCCCCAGACUAUUGAAAGACAACAAAGAACUGCUCAAGAAAAUUUCAAGCAUUUGGAGUAUUAAAAUAAAAUCCAGAAAACUUCCAAAAGUUACCAACACGGACAAAAGAAACCGUUCAUUCAACAUUUUUGAUAUGUUCUUCUUUUACAAAGUCUUAAAUUUUUUCUAUAACGAUUUGAAAGGUAUAGGUAAUAACCAGAAAAUUACUGCCUCCUGGGAAGAUGAACUCGAAAAAUUACCAUUUUUCACUAUUAAUCUCUUCAAUCAAUUGUUCAUUCAAGAAUACAGAAACUUGAACUACGAACAUAUUGUGUUCUUUUUCUACGAAAUGCUUUUGGAAGAAAAAAGAAUAAUCAAAUUAAAGACAAGAAGUGAUGGAAUAUUUAUUACAGAAAAGGAUAGAUUGAAGGCAAUCUAUCAUGCUCCAUUGUUUCCCGAGCCCAAAGAAUACAUCUAUCCAGGAAUGUUUUUUGAAUUGGAACCACCGCUCCCUUGUAGUUGGGAUAAAGUAAAGGUUAUAGACUCAACGAUCAUACCAGUAGUUUCUAUCAAUUCUGAUGAUCUAGUCUCACAUACAAAUGCAAUUUAUUUAUAUGGACAGCCAAGGAGUGAUAUUCAAUUGAGAGAAGUGAAUGAAAUAAAAAGUAAAUUUUCAGAGCUUACCAAAAAUGGUGUUUUUCUUGAAUUAUUUGAUAUUGGCUAUCUUGAAUCAUUGACUUCAAUGACUAAGGAUAUAAUAUUAAAGAAAUUGCCAUUGGCUGGAUUUAAUUGGCUGAUUCAAACUAAAAAUAAGCAAAAUUCAGGUAUUUCCUCAAAAAGUAUAUAUUGGGAUCAGAUUUCUAAGACGUUUACAAAUGGAUUAGAUUGGUUCAUAGAACAUUCAGCGUUAGCAUCCGAAAGUACUUUUAUAAGUUCAAUUAAUAUUGUUGAAACCAUUACUCAAGUGCUUAGCAGAGAAUUGAAAGUUAUACCAAAUUAUACAGAAUAUUUCCAAGACCCGUCAAUAUUACCCAAUAUUUUCCUUUCUUUUCCUACUUUGAGCAUUUUAUCAAGAGGAAAUGCCGAAAUGAGCAAAAAUCUGUAUAAUUUAUGUCUUCAAUAUCUGUCAGGUGUUUCACCGAUUUCAAUUAUGAAUAAAGAAUUGUUAUCGUUCUAUGGAAAUUCAGACGGGAAAAAUUACUCAGAAUAUAUUUGUAAUCAAGUUACGAAUAUUUGGGAGCCAAAUCUUCCAUUCCUCCUAAAGCAAAUAAGAAAGAUCUUUUUGAUGGAGUUUAUCCGCCGCAUUAAGCAAGAGGAUGCAAGAUCUGGUAAUAAAUUAAUUUGGCCUAGCACCUCUACUAGCUUAAUUACAGCUGAUUGGCAAUUGUUAUCCGAGAAAUCUGAUAAUGGUGAACCAAUAAAGAGCAAUAACUUUGUUGGUUUUUAUAAUUUUCAUUAUUUCUGGGACCCAGCAUUAUUAUUGAACGCAUUUUAUUCAGAAUCUGAAGUUUCAAAUAUUUAUUUUGAAGAAGAAUUUACAAAUAAUGUCGUUUUAGAAAUGUCACAAACUCCACUUAUUGAGCUUGGGUCAUGGAUUAGCAAUGCACAUUCUCCGCUUUACUCAAAAAACAAAUUGAUUACGUAUAAUACUAUUAAUCAUUUAUUGAUUUCCCAAAUUUCAUCUAAAAAGGCAAUUGAUUUAAAAAAGGUUGAGAGUAUUAAGAUUAACGAAGAUGAUAUAUCUACACUCUAUAAAUACUGUUUCAAUUGGGUUUCACAAACAUUAAUAUUUUCUAAAGAAGAAAAAAUAACAUUCUGCAAUGAAUUAGAGAAAAAAUAUGGAAAAACCAUGAUCUAUAUAUAUUCCCAAAGCCAUCAAUUUGAAAUGAUCUUCAAUUCAUUACAACUUUUGGUUGAAAGGCAUCCUAUAUCAGAUUAUACAAAUCACUUAAAUAUGGAGAGAAGUAUCAAAACUGAUAUUGAAAAACUGUUUAAUGAUGCAAUAUUCAAUUCUGAAAUACCUCAAACAAUAAGAGUCAGAGCACUUAAUAACAAUAUAGAUACUUAUGUAUACAUUGAUCCUAACAUCGCAAAUUAUUCAUUUUUACAAUUUGCUCCACUUGAAAUGCACAAAGACCUUCAAAACAAAAAUUUGUUAAUUUACUCUAAGCGAUUAUUCUUAAAUGAUUAUGUUAUAAACCGUGCAUUCGAAGAGACGAUGAGUUUUCUCCAACUUAAAACUACGGCAUUUGUAAAAUUAAAUAUUGAUGAAAACACCAGUUUAUCAGAUUUAGAAUCUAUGUGUAUUCAUUGGACUGAUCUUCAUACAAACGAGAUAAUUGUACUAAAACCCAAUGUAGACAAGUUAUUUGAGUACAGUAUCCCAGUUGUGGAAUAUCCGGAAGGUAUUAUAGGAAUAGUAACAAUCAAUACAAUUAAUGGAAAUAGAAAAGAUGUAAUUAAGACCAUAUGUGAAACAUUUAUUGAUUUAAUUUCAGUCAACCACCUUCUUUUUUCAAGUGAAAAAAAAAAUAAUAUAUACUCCAAAUUUAUCAAUGACAUUAGUAAAAACUAUAAAACAAAUUUGAAUGAAAAAAUAAUUGGAUGGCACACUAUUUCAGGCAUAGUAAGCUCAUGGGCUAAAGAAUAUUCUUUAAUUAUAGGGCCUCGCAUUUUCUCUCAUUUGAUCACAAAAAUAUCUGUAAAAAGUUUAAACCAGUUGGAGAAAUAUUCAUUAUCAGAUUUUUAUCACGAUACAGGAAUAAAUCAAAUGAUGUUUUUCUUCAAUUAUGAAAGUUUUAUUAGGAUGAUAAUAGACUCAGCAUAUGAAAUUGGGUAUUUAUUAAUUACUAUAAAAACUCCUGAUAAGGAUUUGGUUCCGUCAGGAAAACAAAGAAUUAAAAUUAGUGAAAUUGUAUUAUAUUGUGCUGAAUUAAUUCCAGUAUUAAUUAGUGAAAAUUACAUCUCACUUAAGAAAAUAGGAAAUAGGUUAGACGACAAAUCGCAGGCCAUAGAUAUUAAAAAAGUUUCAAUAGACACAUGUGAACACAUGGCUAAAAAUAACAAAAGAAUGCUCCGAAAUUUCGCAGAAUCAAAAUCAAGUAGGAAUCGUGCAAUAAAAGAUCUGUACAAUAGAAUACGCUCUAUAAACAGAGAAGUUGGAUCUACAUCAUUUGCAUUCAUAUAUAAGUAA